ACUGCUUGUUUUAAGGAGUUCCUCUUCCUUAUUUUUCAUGAAACUGAGCUUCUUUAAUGAAAGAUGGAGCAAACGGACUGCAAACCCUACCAACCUCUGUCAAAAGUCAAGCAUGAAAUGGAUCUAGCUUAUUCCAGUUCUUCUGAUGAGAGUGAAGAUGGAAGAAAACCAAGACAGUCAUACAACUCCCGAGAAACUCUGCAUGAGUAUAACCAAGAGCUAAAGAUGAAUUACAAUAGCCAGAGCAGGAAGAGGAAAGAAUUAGAGAAAUCUACUCAAGGUUCUAAACCAAAGUUCAAAGCAUUUAAUAUUGAAUCAGGAAGCGGCCGAGGAUCUAACUUUGGAAAUUCAGAAAUGGAAUUCUGUGAAACCCCUCACACUCUGUGCUCUGGCUACCAGGCAGACAUGCACAGUGUUUCUCGGCAUAGUUACCAGCUAGAGAUGGGUUCUGAUGUGGACACAGAGACAGAAGGUGCUGCCUCACCGGACCAUGCUCUGAGAAUGUGGAUAAGGGGAAUGAAAUCAGAGCAUAGCUCCUGUUUGUCCAGCCGGGCCAACUCUGCAUUGUCCUUGACUGACACUGACCAUGAAAGGAAGUCUGAUGGAGAGAAUGGUUUUAAAUUCUCACCUGUUUGUUGUGACAUGGAGGCUCAAACUGGAUCUCCUCAAGUCAUUAACUUCGUAUGGUAUUAGGCAAUGCGGAACUUUAUGAUGU